GUACCAGCUUCGCGGUGGGAAGGUUGAGCUCCCCCACACCGGCCAACACACACUGCCGGUCACACUCUCACAAUCCAGGCAGGCACCCAGCACAACCUCAGUCCACCAGCAGGAGCUCUCACGCUCAGCCGCGCUCCGCCACCCACCUCACGGUGAAGCAGCUUCACCACACUUUAGAUCGCACCCUCGUGAGGGGCUGUCUACCCGCUGAGCGUCACGCGGGACUUACAUAUUUCUCGAUUAUCUAAUGAACUUGUGAACGUGACGACGCUAUUGUGAGGUACCUAGUGAUAGAGUGUUACUUCCCAGAAACAGCCCAGGACGUACAGUACAGUGCUUGAACGGCCAAAUAUAUUGUAUCGGCGAAGGGGUCAAGAUGUCCUGCAUAUACGUGUAGACAGGACCUUCAAAAGCAUCACUGAAGUGGGAUACCAAGGACUGACCAGGAUACCAAAGACCAAAAAGUUUAUUCAUUGACACCAGGAUUACAUUGACCUACACCAAGGGGCGAUCGGCCCUUCCUGAGCUGCAACACACCACAACUAAGACAUGUGGUGUGGAAGGGUGCUUGCAGCGUUGUGGGCGGCAUGGGUAGUGCAGGCGGAGCCAGAGGGACGAGGACUAACUUGGGCAGCGGUGAUGGGUGCUCCCCCCGAGAGGACCCCAUAUCUUGAGCCACGGCCCUUCAUGGAGAAUGACAACACUGCCUACUAUGAUGAUAGCAGUGACCAGUUUUUUGACAACCCUGACUAUGUGUAUGUAGAUACAGAAGAUGCCAGCUACAAGGAACCACUGGCACCGGUGUCAGAAAAGGAAGGUGAUUCCUCUCAGGUUGCUGAGCGACGCACCUUUGAUGUUCUUUGGCAUGCCUUUAUGGAUCAGAACACACCACAGCAGGAGCUGGGUGAUAGGCCAGCACGCGAGACAGCCACUCGUCGCCCCACACUUAUUGAGGCUGUUUUCAAGACCAUUGAUGACCACAUAGUGAAGGACCUGGAGCAGUGGACAACAUAUUCAUCCCAGUCAACCACCACACCACCACCACCAAGAAUCCCUACAGCCACUGCUAUACAACAGGCCUCACCUGACAAUGAUGAACUAUUGUUAGUGACGGAUGAACAAGGGCGGCAGCACAUUGUUAGUGUUAAUGAUAUUGUUAACUCACUUGGUCACCUUGAUGAGAAAACGUUGACUGACCUGAUACUGCCUCCUGAUGAAGGUGCUGCCUCUGUCAGGUCCACUCGCAGGACUCUCCCUCCUCUGCCUCCUUCAAUACUGCCAGAAACCAACCCUGCCCUGCCUCAGGGAGUGCCACUCCUGUUAGGCACCACGGCAAGUGAUAAUGCGGCUGUUGAACGACCACAGAGGCAUACAGGCCCCACCAAGACUACCACUGAUAAUGAAGAGGUGUAUGUGGUGCAGGAUGAAAAUGGAGAAUUGCAGCUUAUCACUCUGAAUGACAUCUUAGCUUCUCUGGGACAGCUCGACAGCAACAGUGUGAAUGAGUUGCUCUUCAGCCAAACAGGUGGAGCAACUAUUCCCUCGCGCGCAGAACCAUCUCCACCUCUGUCCUCACCACCAGAUGCGACUACAACUUCCACAGCGUCUAAGAGUUUAGCGUCUAUCUCAAAUCUUAAUAAGAAUGGGCCCACUCGGGCCAAUCCUUUCACAUUCCCAAAUGUGGCUAGCAGCAUCAGUGUUGGCGAUCAAAGAGGAUCUGCUGUGCCUCGGAAACAAGUGACCAAGAGUGCACAUCCUUCCACCCACUCAGGUCCACAGCGAACUGAUGGAAUGAUUGUGCACACCGAUGAAGACGGCAACAUUCACAUCACCCCUGACCCAAGCCAGCCACUCAAUAUUCAGAACAUCAUAGCAGUAGCGGAGCAAACAGCAAACCAAGCUGCAAGUGAACCCAGACCAACUAUACGCACUAAUAUCCUGCCACAACAUAAUGAAAAGGUACAAAAUACCCACAGAGGACAACAAAUAAUGUCCUUCUUAACUGGUGAAAGGAACGCCAAACUCCCUACCACAACCCAGCCCAUUGUGUCGCAAACAGUGGCCCCAACUCAACAUCAUCGUGGUAUAAAUUCUUUCCAUCAGUCCCUGCUGCAGGCUCUCCAACAACAACCUUCAAAUAAUCCUAUAGUAAAUCCAUUAGCGCAGUAUAGAACUUCCUCGUCCAUUCCACAGCCUUUAGUUCAGUCUGUAGCAAAUCCUGUUGUACAACCUGCAACACAAACUUCAGAAGGGGGAUUUGGUGCCACGAUAUCUAGUAUGUUGUCUCGUCUGAUCGGUUACCCCGAAGAACAGCAACAAGUAGUACAGCAGCCACAACUUGCACCCAACCCAUCAGACCCUGAGUUUGUCAAUCUGGUGGUGCAGCAACAAGCACGUCAAGGUCCCAAUGAUCUAUUUGGCUCAGUAACUAUACCACUCCCUAAACCCAUUCAUUAUCAGCACACACAACCAGCUCAGUUUGCAGUUACGUCCCAAAACCCCAACCAGGCCUCUUCUAGAGUUGGAGGGGAGCCUCUCCCAUCCAUCCUGUAUAAUCUAUCUCCAGGAGUCAAGGAGACACUCAGGAGACAAAUGAACGACAAGCCCCAGUUUAGAUUUGCAAGAACCCAGCAACAAACAUUUCCACAAGCCAGGUCGAGAAUGGACACCGGCUUUGUUGACACUCUCAACCCACAAGAGGACUUAGUAGCCUCAGCAACCACCUCACCAAAGAUUUACCCCUCAAAAUUAACCAGCUUGCCUCCUGCACUCCUGAAACAGUUGAUCAAAGCAAGACUAAAUACUCUAGUAGAUAAUGUCCAAGUGGCUCCCUCUGUAGCUCCGAGACCCACCGUGGACCACACCAAACCACGUGAGCGCAGUUCUUAUGCCGAAAUACCGUAUGCCAGUAAUGACUAUGGUUACGGAGGGUACGGCCACGAUUACUCUCAUGUCGAAGUGGAUAAAAACCGGAAACUCUUCGAUAUCUUCCUCCUCGCUGAUAUGGUCAAAGUGCAUAAAAGGGGUAACGAUAACUUGUCAAUCAAGGCACCAAAGAUUGGAGAUGCCAGCAAAUUUGUGGACACACACAGUCAUCGCUAUGGCUACCAUCGUUAGCCUCACAGUGAGCUUCAGAGUGUAGUGUAAAAGACAGUAUAAAUGACACCAGUGUAGUGAAGAAAUAAUUAGAAACACUAAAUCUAUAUUGUACUGUACUGUAUGUUAAUGGUACUCCACAACUGCUAUGGCAGGACAUCUGUUGAUUGUUAGUAGAUUAAACUACCAAUGGUUGUUUUAGAUUACGGUCUUCCAAUUCCCCUUCAGUUGCUGGUAACAGUGGUGUUGUGGUGUUCCUGCUAGCACCUGAUGUCAGUCAGCUGUGGAUACCUUGCCACACAUUACACCAAAUGAAAUUGUAUUUAUUUGUAGGAUAGAAACACGUGUACAGUACUGCAGUAUUUUGUUAUUGAAGACAAGUAUUGUACCGUGCAUAUUUUAUAAUAAAAUGAUAAAAAUCUUA